CCUCCUCUCUCUCUCAGGAGCUGCCACUUGAGGACAGCGGGGGCUCUCUGAUGAUCCCCACGUUCAUCCGAUGAACCCCCUCAACUCCAUGAAACCCUCCCUGCCUCCCACUCCACAAAGUGACGGCCCCUUCCUAAAUGACCCAGUCUCCUGGCAACCAGGCACCAAUCAGCACGCAGGAGCUCUCUCUGUAGUAACCACAGUGUGGGGCGUGACCAAUCCCACACACAGCCAGGUAUUCGGUGCACCCAUGGGUCCAGGUGAAAGCUCAGGCAGUCACAUGAUGCCUGGUGGCAGCCCUGGUAUGGGCCCUGGUAUGGGCCCUGGCAUGGCCUCCCAGUUUAUGGGACAACAGUCAUAUGGAGACGCUGUCUCUAAAGGCUACGGUCAUCCACUCAUGUACGGACGCCCCAAUGCCGCCUACAACCCACCCUCAGCCUAUGGUGGAAGUUACUCUGGUAACAGUGGAGGUGCCGGUCUGGGUGUGCGUCCUCCCUCAGACUUCACUCAGGCUGCUGCUGCCGCUGUUGCUGCCGCCGCCGCCACAGCUACUGCCACUGCCACAGCAACUGUUGCAGCAAUACAGGAAAAACAGAACCAGGAGCUGAGCUAUGGACAGAUGAGUGGAGCAUCAACUUACAGCACCCAGUUCCUGUCACAUUCGGGCCCCCGCGGCCCUCCAGUGAUGAACCCUGGUGGGAUGGUCCCUUCCAGGGCCGGACUUCCACCCUCCGCUGGGGGCUUAUAUGCCUCUCACGCUGCACAGACACAGAAGAUGGCCCAGCAUGUGGGCUAUCCCGGUGGACAGCAAGGGCUCAAACGGCCUUACCAUUCAGAGGGUUUUCCAGCACAGCAGUACGUCUCUAGUGGGAUGUCGGGGUACCCCAACCAACCUCUGCAGUACCCACAGCAGAGAUGUGCCCCCUCACCCUCUUACCCUUCCAGCCGGAUGCCUUUAAUGGGACAAUACUCUUCUGGAUCACACAACCCAGCACAGUUUCCUCCUGGAGCAGUUCAGCCCAAUCCUCCACAGUAUUAUAAAUCAGAGCCUUUCAAUGGUCAGGGCAGCCUGCCAACAGGAGGAGCAGGGGGAUACAAUGCCUUCACACAGGCUGCAGUGAACGGGCCAGGUCGGGCUGGAGUGAUUCCCGGGUAUCCCAGCUCACCGAUGGGAGGGAACCCCACCCCCCCAAUGACACCUGGCACCACCAUACCCCCCUACCUAUCCCCGGGCCAGGACACAAAACCACCCUACCUUCCACCAGACACCAAACCCAACAUCAGCACCCUGCAGCCCUCUACAGGUAACCCCAGUGACGACCUGCGGCUGACUUUCCCGGUACGAGAUGGUAUCGUGUUAGAGCCGUUCAGACUGGAGCACAACCUGGCAGUCAGUAACCACGCCUUCCAGCUCAGAGACUCCGUCUACAAAACACUCAUGUUGAGACCUGACCUGGAGCUGCAGUUUAAGUGCUACCACCACGAGGACAGACAAAUGAACACUAACUGGCCUGCCUCUGUGCAAGUGAGCAUCCUCACCUUUUCUUUGGUAAGUGUCAAUGCGACCCCUUUGUCUAUUGAGAGAGGGGACAACAAAACCUCCCACAAGCCUCUGUACCUAAAGCAAGUGUGUCAGCCCGGACGUAACACAGUACAGAUCACAGUAACCGCAUGCUGUUGUUCCCACCUGUUUGUGUUACAGCUGGUCCACCGGCCGUCUGUCAGGUCUGUCCUGCAGGGUUUGAUGAAAAAGAGACUGCUGCCGGCUGAGCACUGCAUCACAAAGAUCAAGAGAAAUUUCAGCAGUGGCACUAUCCCCGGGACCCCCGGUCUGAACGGUGAAGACGGUGUGGAGCAGACGGCAAUCAAAGUUUCUCUGAAAUGCCCGAUCACGUUCAGACGAAUCCAGCUGCCGGCCAGAGGUCAUGACUGCAGACACAUACAGUGUUUUGACCUGGAGUCCUAUUUGCAACUUAAUUGUGAAAGAGGGACCUGGAGAUGUCCUGUGUGCAAUAAAACAGCUCUGCUUGAGGGGCUGGAGGUCGACCAGUACAUGCUUGGUAUUCUUGUCUAUAUCCAGAACUCUGACUAUGAGGAGAUCACUAUAGACCCAGUGUGUGGGUGGAGACCAGUGCCCGUCAAACCAGACCUGCACAUAAAGGAGGAGCCUGAUGGUCCAGUGCUGAAACGCUGCCGCACAGUCAGCCCGAGCCACAUGGUGUUGCCCAACGUCAUGGAAAUGAUCGCAGCUCUGGGCCCUGCGUCCUCUCCAUACCAUAGUCUGACAGCAGGAGGCAGGAACACCCCCGACUACAACAGGCCAGGGAGCCAGGGAUUCUCCAGCCAAACAGGGUUUACAGACUUCCCCAACACUCCCGGCACCCCCACACUAGGAGAGUAUGCUUCUGCCUCCGGACCACCACCUCUACUCCCCUAUCAGUCUGACCAGGUGCCUCAUCCUGGACGAAUGGAACACUCCCAGCACCUCCUGCAGCAGCACAGCUCAAGUGUUCAUGGUAACCAGGGUCUCUGUGACACCGGCAGCCCACUGCAGCAGCGGAACACCAAUACCCAGAACCCCCGGCUGCAGAGCGAAGGCUCCUUCGGUCUGGGAGGCCCCGGAGCGCCUGGAGGAGAGGGAGCCGAUCAUGCGCUAGAUCUUCUUCCUGAGCUGACCAAUCCAGACGAGCUGCUGUCCUAUCUGGGUCCCCCCGACCUCCCCAACAACAGCAGCGAUGACCUGCUCUCUCUGUUCGAGAACAACUGAUGACCUUCAGACUCACAGCGGUCACCUGCAAGUCCAGCCUCAGCUUCUCUGUGUGCUGUAGCCCGGGACGAACACUGCACCAUCUCUGAUGGCACCCAUCACUCUGUGUGCAUGUGUGUGCGUGCGUACAUUCGUGUGUCAUUUUGAAGUGUCCUGCUCUUUGCAGUCCAUUCAGUACUGAAAUGGGAAAGAACACUCUCCACACUGAACACUGUCCAAGUAUGAAGAAUGCAACAGAACAGUGGGUUCUGACUGUGCAGACCAGCAUUUUAAACUAAAGCACAACUCACAGGCUGAGGGAUCUUUAUUUAUAGAUUAUUAUAGUCGAUGGGGGGGAUAGUGGAACGUGGGGCCUGUGUCGAAUCUAGAACCGUUCCACACAUUUCCACCCCACAAACUUGCUGAUCCAAAAGUUGGGACCACUGAGGUCAGUGGCUACGGGAGAGGCUACUGCAGGAAAAUAUCCUCCAUUUUGAGGUAAGAUGAGCUACAGCAGCAGUGAGGUGCUUUCUGAAAUCUUCAAAUACAAAAUUUGGCAACUCUCAGAAGUAAAUUUGUGUGUUUAUAAAAAAACAAGCAAAGCAGUUGCUAUGUGUCUGCUGUGAGGAAAUAUGGUGUGGGAAAUGAUAGUCUGGUAAUCUGCAAAUUGUAAAAAGCCACGUCUCAACACCAUAACGAAGGCUGAUUUGUAACCUGGCUACUUUAUCUCCUGGAAAAUUGAUGAAUGACAAAAAGUUACAAACCAGAUCUCCAACCAACGUUGAAUGAGUUCUUCUCCAGCCCAUUCACCAUCCCUCCUCCAGGUUCGGUGCAAAUCUGUUCUCUGCUUUGCCGACAACAAACCAAGAAACACAUGGGUGAAAACAAUAAUAGUUUUUAACGCUCAGCCUACGUAGGCCAGGCCCAGACGUGUAAUUGACUUCUUUAAGUUGGGACACAACUGAGGGUUCAUUGUAUCUCUGACAUCCUUCAGCACUGUGAACUAUAUAAAAACUCCCACCUUUCCCUCUGUGGAUUUCACCCUCUUUUGGGGAUGAUGUGUGUGAGUGUGGGUGUUUCAAGCUGUUUCAUACUGUAAAUGCUGUGUGUCAUGGCCUUUUCUGCCAUUUGAAAGCUAUUUGUAUGUUUAUAAACUGUUUCACCUGUAUAACCCAUCACGAUGCGGGUUUGUGUACUGUAUAAUCAGCUGUUUUCAUUAGAGAACGUGUGUGUAUCAAAUGAAUUGUUAAUCAUGGUAAGUUUAAAUGUUAUUAGUUGGAGAAUGAAUCAUUGUUGGCACUGUACUCAUGCUGUGUGUUAGAAAUUGAUAAACCAAUUGUAAAAAAAAAAAAAAAAAAAAGAAAAUUGUGGUCAUACAUACACGCAUGAUGCAUGUAUGACAGACGUCAGCUGACACGGAGUCAUGCAGUUCAAGAUGUAAAGUUUGAAAUUGUUCUUAAUGCCACUUUUUGAAGCUGACAAUUUUUUUUCUAUGAAUUCCACACUGCCUCGACAAGGCGACAACAAAUAAUGUUGCUUGCUACCUUGAGCAACACAACAAUGUUAUUUGGAAAUGGACUAUUUAACUGCAAAUUUAUAGGGGUAAAGUUUUUUUUUUUUUUUUUUCUAAACUAUUACACAUAUUUUGUAAUUCACUGUAAUUGCCAUUAUUUUCUAUUUAUAUUUUAAUCAUCGUACCUACAGUUAUGUUUUCCCUUCCCUGACCGUCAGAAUCACAAUUAAACAUCACUUUAUUUGACGAAGA